CCCCACGAUGGACAGCCCCCCGCGCCGCGCGCCCGCAUUCUCCAUCGACGAGUUCGGCCAGCUUGUCUCGUCCGCACUGGAAUCCCAGGAGCACUUCAAGCCCACGCUCGACUUCGCGUUCAUGGAGCCUCGGUAUUCGGAGUCGCGCUUCUCGCUCGAUACCCUCGACUCGGAUCCGACGGACGUGUUUGCGAGCUCCAACACGCGUCCGGAGGCCCCCCGAAAGCUCUUUCGCUCCCUGCGCGCGUUGGUGACCGGCAAGCGCGCCACUGAGCCACCAUAUCGAUCUCCUGUCGUCGUGUCGAGGGACGUCGACCCCUUCACGCAGUCGACACACUCGAGCGCGUUCGUCCCAUAUGGCGUGCCGUAUCACGACGGUCUCGAGGACUAUCCGCCGCCGUCCCCGACCCUCUUCGCCCGCAGCUGCGCGUCGCCCGACAGUUUUGAGGAGCUCGACCGCCGCGCGAGCGUCCACAGCGAUUCUUCGGCUUGCGCCACGAGCUCGCUUUCCACCGCCGGCAGCUCGUCCGCGUGCACCGACAGGUCCGCGCCACCUCUGUCGCCGUUGUUCUUCGCGCCGUCCGAUCCGGACGCGACGCGUCGCGCGUACAGUGAUCUCGGGCAUGGCACCGAGGAGCGUGCAGCGGAGUUCGACGCGGACCCUUUCGCGAAGGACACCGUGCAGAUCAUGCCACGCACCCCGCCGCGCCGGGUCGCUCGCCAUCCGCGUAGUGAGCCGCCUCCACGCUUACUUCCCAAAAGGACGCCCCCGCCGAUGUCGUCCCCGCCUGCAUGCCCGCUCCCUGGUAUGCCGCAUGGUGGAUGUGGCGACUGGACUUUAAGCCUGCCGCUGCCGGCGCCUGCUCCUCUAGAGGAGGUGCACGCGCGCGCAGACGUCAACGCGGCACUGAACAGGGACUUGACGUGCUCGCGCUGGUUCCCCUCGCCGCCGCCGAGCCCGUCGCCUCCUGCUCGUCGUCGCGGUGCGCUGCGCCCGUCAACGUCGUCUGGCGCGCUCGAGACUUCGACGCCAUCGAGGCUACGCGGGUCCAGCUCGGCGUUGUCGUUGCCGCCGCCCAUCAUGCGCCGCCCAAGCCGCGCGUCGUCGACCACGUCGUCGAAGAAGCGCGUUGCUUUCGCCGUCGAGGUCAUCACUCCAGUGCAGGAGUUGAAGGCGCCCACAUGGGAGCCGAGUUCGCCGCCGGAGUCCAUCCGGACGGACCCGGUCGUCGACGACGACGACGACGACGUGCCUUUGCAGCAGCUGGUGCAAGCGUUGGAAGGUGUCGCGGUCCGACGGUCUGCAGAGAUCGCGUCGAUGCUCGACAGUGCGCAGAUGACGGCUGUGAAGGCUCCCUCGGUGACGCGCUUGACCGACGAGGACUCGGCGCGUCGUCCGGACUCGCCCUUCCCGUUGCUUCAGCCGAAACGGUCUAAGCCUGAGGUGUCUUCGCCCUCGUCCAGCACGCCGACCCCUCCGAGCUCUGGGUCCAAGUUGACACGGUCGAAGCCUCCGCACACCCAUCGCUCCCCGAACGCCAAAGUCGCCUCGUACCCCCACCUCGCCGCGAAGUGUCGCAUUCCCAGCGCGCUCCAUCUCGCCACCGUCACCUCGAUCAGGACGCUCCCCAUAUGGCCGACCCUCAUCCCGCAUCGCCAUCCGCUCACCAGCCCCGCGACGCUCGAGUCCCGCACCUCCCAUGCCCAAGGUCGUCGUCCCGCCUAUGCCGCCCAUGCCUCGGACACCGCCCCGGACAAGGCUCGCAGGGAGGAGACCGACAACACCGGGAUCGCCGUCGACGGGUCCGAGUACGCCUGCGUCGAUGAGCUCGGCGUCGUUCCAUACGGCGCGGUCCAGCUUUGA